GCACUACUUUGCUGCGAACAUACAAACAAAAUCAAGAUUAACAAGAUUUGAUGAAGGUGAAGCGUUUGAAUAUCAUGUCCCUGGAGUACCCUCUAUAUUUACUCAAGUUGGCCGUCCCAGUGGAGAAAUGAAUGAAAUAUGGCUUUCAGGUAAUGACUAUCGUUGCGCACACGCAUAUGUUUUACGGAAUUGUGACUAUUUUCAACCAAUUGAGAGUAUGUUCGAGGAUUAUAUUUCGGCAAAAUAUCCAGGACUUAGCGAGAAAGAACUCUCCUUGAAAAGAGCUGAUGAAUAUUAUUCAUGGGUUAAACAAUAUGUUACUUAUUGGAACGCCUCAAAUCCAUUUCCUACUUGGGUUCAAGAAAUUGUCCAUGGACCUUUGAAGAAGGCUAAAACAUGGCCAAUGUAUUUUACAAGAGGUUAUUUGUUUCAUACAGAGAAUCACGAUGUUGGACGAAAGACAUGUAACUAUAGGAUCUCUGUUAAAGGGGAAAAUUAUGUGAAUGCAUCUGAUGCUGCAGAUUUCUACGGGACAUUAGCUGAUAUCAUAGAACUUGAGUAUGAGGGGAUGCUUGGGUUGAAGAUCACACUAUUUAAGUGCAAGUGGUAUGACCCUGUUAUUGGUAGAGGCACUCACAGAAGUAAUGGUGGCGUUGUAGACGUUCUUUCAUCUAGAAAGUACAAUAAAUAUGAACCAUUUAUUCUAGCAUCUCAAGCCCAUCAAGUUUGUUAUAUUCCGUACCCAUACAUAAUGAAACCGAAGCAUUUGUGGCUCAAUGUUCUAAAAGUAAAUCCGAGGGAAANCAACUCCAGGAUGAGACGAUGCAAUCUCUAA